ACAUAAUCUUCCAUUGUGAAAUCCAAGUGACUGACUGUAAUGGACGUCAGAGGAAACAGCACACCGGCGAUCGGCAUCGACCUCGGAACCACUUACUCAUGUGUCGCCGUUUGGAAGCAUGAUCACAUCGAAAUCAUUCCCAAUGAUCAAGGCAACCGAAUCACACCAUCAUGUGUUGCUUUUGUUGAUGGAGAACGUCUCAUCGGCGAUGGCGCCAAGAAUCAAGUGGCGAUGAACCCUGCUAACACCAUUUUUGAUGCUAAGAGGUUGAUUGGGAGGAGAUUCAGUGAUUCCAAAGUUCAGGAUGACAUCAAGUUGUGGCCUUUUAAGGUCAUACAAGGGUCAGCCGAUACACCAAAGAUUGUUGUCUCCUACAAAGGUGAAGAGAAAGAGUUUUUGGCGGAAGAAAUUUCAUCUAUGAUUCUUGGGAAGAUGCAAGAAACAGCUGAAUCAUACCUCGGAAAACCCGUUAAAAAUGCUGUCGUAACUGUCCCUGCUUAUUUUAAUGAUUCACAACAUCAAGCAACAAAAGAUGCUGGAGCCAUUGCUGGACUUAAUGUCAUUCGCAUGAUCAACGAGCCUACAGCAGCAGCAAUUGCUUAUGGUCUUGACAAUAAGUCUGAUAUCACUCGCAAGAUCAAUGUGCUUGUCUUUGAUCUGGGUGGUGGCACUUUUGAUGUCUCUAUAUUGACAAUUACUGAAGGGGGAACCAUUGAAGUGAAAGCUGUUGGUGGUGACACUCAUUUGGGAGGUGAGGAUUUUGACAACCGCAUGGUGGAUCAUUGUGCUCAAGAAUUCAAAAGGAGAUGGAAUAAAGACUUGACAGGGAACAAAAAAGCAUUAGGGAGACUGAGAUGUGCUUGUGAGAAAGCAAAAAGGAUUCUUUCAUGCAAUACUCAGACUUCAAUCGACGUAGAUUGCUUGCAUGAGGGAAUUGAUUUCUCUAUGAAAUUCACCAGAGCUAAAUUUGAAGAGUUGAACAUGCUUUUCUUCAAUAAGUGCAUCGAGACUCUUGAGGCAUGUUUAAACGAUGCAAAGAUGCCAAAAUCGUGUGUUAACGAGGUGAUUCUUGUGGGUGGCUCAACUAGAAUACCAAAGGUCCAGUGUAUGUUGCAAGAUUUUUUCGAUAAGAAGAAGCUACACAAGAGCUUAAACCCUGAUGAGGCAGUUGCAUAUGGUGCAGCUGUUUUGGCGGGAAAGUUAAGUGGUAACAAUCAUGAGAGCUGUCGAAAUUUGUUGUUAAUGGACGUCGCUCCUUUGUCAGUUGGUCAAGAAAUUAAAGAAGGAGUAUUUAGUGUUGUGAUUCCACGAAACACUCCAAUACCCACGAAGAAAUCCCAAAUCUAUAUUACAACUGAGGAUAAUCAAUCUUCUGCACUUAUCAAGGUGUAUCAAGGUGAAAGAGCAAGAACUACUGAUAACCAUUUGAUGGCGAAGUACACAAUCUCUCUACCACAGGCUCCAAGAGGAGUUACCCGAUUCAGGGACUACUUUGAAAUAGAUGUGAAUGGCAUCCUCACAGUCACAUCGGAGAUAAUUUCAACUGGUGAGAUACAGAAACUCACAAUUCCCACCAAAAUUGGAAGUCUCACAGAGGAACAGAUCGAGGAGAUGAUAAAAGAUGCGGAGAAGUACAAACAGGAGGAUCAAGAAUACAAGAAGAAAGCCGAUGCAUUGAAUGCAUUAGAGGAUUGCGUAUACAACAUGAAGAAGAAGAUAAAAAAUAUGGCGCAUGGUAAAAGCUUGAGGGAAAUGGAAAACGCCAUUACUGAUAUAACCAAGUUGUUGGAGCAGAAACAAGCUGUAUCUAUUGAUGAGAUUCAGCGCAUGAAGAAACAUCUGGAGUCUUUAUCAAAACACAAUGACAUGGGUAGCACAUGGAGAAAAUUACACUAUACCAGGAAUUUUUUCAAAAAGUUUCUAACAACCCAAAAAAUUAGCCCGUAG